UCACUCGCUUGCUUCCUGACAAGACCGGAAAAGACAGGGUAUCUAACAAGGGAUACUUACCGAGUUACCGAGCUUCCACGCAAACCGUUCCAUCUGCACACGCAGCCAGGUACCCCAUCAGACCAUCUCCGUAUAUAUCCACCUACUGAUGCGAUUCCGCUUUACAGAUCAGCCACCAUGGUUUCAGUCCAGUACACCAUGCAGAUGCAUGAUGAGCUCGCCGCUCUCUUCUCGCGCAACCUCACCUUUAACCCAGAGCUCCAGGCUCAGGCUCAGGCCCAGGCCCAAGCUCAUGCCCAGGCUCAAGCUGAGGCCCAGGCCCAGGCCCAGGCCCCGUUUCACCAGGAAGCAGCCGUGCCUGAAGUUUCUAAGCCCAUUAUAUAUUCGGUCUCACAGCACUACAAUCACUCGGCUCAUAUCGUGAAGCCGCAACCUCCCCAGCAACAAGAAGUUUGGGAAGAGCCCCAACGGCAUUCCUCGGAACCGCCUCAGACUGAGGCGCCAAGCGCUGAGACAGUUCUGCGCAACCAUGGCGUUGACCCUCACACACUCACACCCUCUCAAGUCCAGUUGUUCAGGAUCGCCGACCCGCCUCAGCAGAUGAGGCUCAUCGAGCUCUGGAGUAUCUGUCCUCCAGGUAAGGGCGGUGAUAUCCCGGCACUGGCCUGGAGCAGCACCACAGUGCAGCAAGAGGAGCAACUGGCUCAGAUGCGGUACGAGAGAGCGGCACAGCAGCAACAGCAACAGCACCAGGUCAUGAGCUUGGACGGAACUGUUGUCCAAAGCGGCGACGGCAGGUGGAACCAGUCCUCCGACAAUGACACCGAGCCCUACAUGCUCUCAGGGUACGAGGAACUCAUGCGACGAGAGAGUCAGCGCCAAGAGCUGGAGAACCGACAGCGGGACUCCCACAGCCACUUUACCUCUGCUCCCGCCUACACGCCCGCCACAGACCCUGUCUACAUGGGUGCCGAUUACCUUCGUCAGCAGCAGCAGAUGCAAAUGGCCACUCAAUACGGUGCCUUCCAACAGGAUUCCAUGGAUUUCAUGUAAAUACCAACCUCCUUCUCUGGCUGAGCGUCAAAAACACAUAUAGCUAGCAUCUGGUCAAUUCAACAAGUGGCCAAGUUAGAUAGCAGCCGAGGGGACGAGGAUUCAUUGUUUUGG